CAGGCCGUACGGAGUCGCAGCGGUGGGCGGAGCUUCUUUAAAAGACCUCAGGGCGGACCUGAGUGAAAACUGCCCCCCCCCCCCCGAGAACCAAUGGGAAAGCGCGGGAGAGGGGAGCCGGCGCCUUGCUCUCAGCCCCACAGCAGACAUGUGCCGAGCUAUUAAUAUGCCCUCUCCCCCCCCAAAAAAACCCCUCUAAUAUACCAAAACCUCGCUUAAAUCUCCCUGUAUAGCUCGAGGGAACGAGCGCUGCCUUCACCUGCCCGCAGCCACCCACCCCCCCAACCCCAGAUUAUCACCUUCAUACGGCCACCGAGGCGGAUCCAAACCUCGGGCUCCUAUUGGCCAAGAAUCGGUGCUGUUCUAUUGGUCCUCCGGCGAGCGGCGUCAUAACCAAUCAGAAGGUGUCUUUUCGAUCCCCGGUAGGGUAUAAAAAAGCAGGGCGGCGGCGUUUCGCUAUUAUUUUCUGUAGUGUGGCGGGGAGAGAUGUCGGGGCGCGGCAAGCAGGGGGGCAAAGCCCGGGCAAAGGCCAAGUCGCGUUCAUCCCGCGCCGGCCUCCAGUUCCCCGUUGGCCGCGUUCAUCGUUUGCUUCGUAAGGGUAACUACGCCGAGCGGGUGGGCGCCGGUGCUCCCGUUUAUUUGGCCGCCGUUAUGGAAUACCUGACGGCUGAAAUUUUGGAGCUGGCGGGUAACGCCGCCCGGGAUAAUAAGAAAACGCGGAUCAUCCCCCGUCACCUGCAGCUGGCGGUGAGGAACGACGAGGAGCUCAAUAAGCUGCUGGGUGGCGUCACCAUCGCGCAGGGCGGGGUGCUGCCCAACAUCCAGGCUGUGCUGCUGCCCAAGAAGAGCGAGAGCCACAAGGCCAAGGGCAAGUGAGGCAGCGGCAGAGGGGUUGGGGGGAAACCUGCAGGUUUUUGUUCUUUGUUUUAAACCCAAAGGCUCUUUUCAGAGCCACCCACCGCUUCAGGAAAA